AUGAGAAGUCCAGUUGUGGUGGAAAAAUUUCAUCGUCUUUGCAAACAAGUAAUUGCAGUUGGGACCAUUCCUGAAGAUAACAAGCUGAAGCAGAAGCUGGCUGAUCUACGUUGGUGUAUAUUUCAUGUGCUGUUUUCCAACCAAUACGAACACAUUUGCCUCUCAUCCUUUCUAGAUUCAAGCAUGGUGGCUAAGGUUGUUCCUAGUGUGGCUGAAUACAGGGAGUAG